CUUCGACACGCCUCUCGUACACACGCGGUCUCUUUGGGGCGACGGCGACGUCUCGUUUGACGCUGCGUCUUAGCAGCCGGUAUCAUCAUCCAUUAUGACCUCUUUAACCUGCCACGUCCGUUUUUCUUCUCUCUCGUUUCCUUCUCGUUUCCUCCAACUCUCUCAACGUCGUACGUUCUCCAUCUCUCGUUUCCUUCGAAGAGCGGACGAUUUUCCGCCUGCACGUGGCACUCCAUACAACAAACUGACCAUAGGAGUUCCAAAAGAGAUCUUUCCUCAUGAGCGACGGGUGGCACAGUCUCCUGCGUCAGUGCAGCAGCUUGUGAAGCAAGGAUUUAGUGUGAUAGUAGAGAGUGGGGCAGGAGCUGAGGCUAAGUUUAUGGAUGCUGAAUAUACGGCUGCUGGAGCUGUCAUUAAGAGCACAAAAGAUGUCUUUCAAGCUGAUAUUGUUUUGAAGGUUCGUUCUCCCAUGUCUAACUCAGUACUUGGCGUCCACGAAAUCAAUCUUCUCAAACCUCAUUCCACGCUUAUCAGCUUUAUCUAUCCAUCUCAAAACAGCGACCUUGUUGAUCAUCUCAACUCGAAGAAACUCACCGUCUUUGCAAUGGACUGCAUCCCUCGUAUCACGCGAGCUCAAGGAUUUGAUGCUCUAAGCUCUAUGGCCAACAUAGCUGGAUACAAAGCUGUGAUCGAGGCAGCCAAUCAAUUUGGGAGUCUCUUUACUGGGCAGAUUACUGCUGCAGGGAGAGUCCCUCCAGCUAAGGUGCUUGUGAUUGGUGGAGGAGUUGCGGGGUUGUCCGCGAUUGGGACAGCCCGCAGCAUGGGAGCUGUCGUGAGGGCUUUUGAUACGCGAGAAGCUGUUCGUGAGCAAGUGCAGUCGCUAGGUGCCGAAUUUCUCGAGGUGAAAAUCCAGGAGAGCGGAGAGGGAACGGGAGGAUACGCGAAGGAAAUGUCGAAGGAAUUCUACGAGGCCGAAAUGGAACUGUUCGCGAGCCAAUGCAAGGAGGUGGAUAUCCUUAUAUCGACAGCUUUAAUCCCUGGUAAACCGGCUCCCAAGUUAAUCAAGCGAGAGAUGGUUGAAUUGAUGCGACAAGGAUCUGUCCUUGUUGACUUGGCGGCUGAAGCCGGAGGCAACAUCGAAGUGACACGUCCCGGAGAGCUGUUCAACUACAAGGGAGUGACAUGCAUAGGAUACACAGACUUACCGAGUCGGAUGGCCACACAGUCGAGCAAUCUGUAUGCAAACAAUGUAGCAAAGUUUCUCACCUCGAUCGGCUCCAAAGGAUUGUACAACGUCGAUUUAGAAGACGAGGUCGUACGAGGCUCCAUCAUCGUUCAAAAUGGCGAGAAACUGUGGCCCCCGCCGGUUGCUAUCCAACCGACUCCAAUCACUCCAAAACCGAAGGUCGAAGCGAAGGUAGAGAAACUGGUCGUGAAUCCAUUCAACGAGACAUUGAAAACGUCAUCUCUCAUCACCGCCGGUCUCUCGUCGUUGUUGCUGCUCGGUAUGGCGCAACCGGACGCGUCGUUCGCGAACAUGAUGACCGUGUUCGGUCUCUCCGGCAUUUGCGGGUAUAAGGUCGUGUGGGCUGUCACUCCGGCGCUUCAUUCUCCUCUCAUGUCGGUGACGAACGCGAUAUCCGGCAUGACGGCCGUCGGAGGAAUCGCUCUCGCUGGUGGUAACCUCGUUCCAACCGAUUGGACGUCGUCGCUGUCUGCUGCGGCCAUAUUUCUGUCGUCUAUCAACAUCAGCGGUGGAUUUCUCAUCACCGCUCGCAUGUUAGACAUGUUUCGUCGUCCGGGGGACCCCCCUGAGUAUAACUCAUUGUACGCCAUCCCGGCAGUAGCCUUUCUAGGUGCAUACCUCGGAGCUAAUGCGUUCGGAUUCCAGAAUCUCCACCAAAUGGCGUAUCUCGCGUCCGCGAUUUGUUGUAUCUCGUCGAUCGGAGGUUUGUCCUCACAACCAACCGCAAGAGUAGGGAACGGUAUAGGAAUGGUGGGCGUGGCUACUGGCGUCGUGGCAACCAUUGACGCUAUGAAGUUCAGUCCUGAAGUAUUAGCUCAAGUCGGAGGUCUAAUGGGAGUCGGAGGUCUCAUCGGUGCCGUCAUUGCGAAACGCAUUGCCGUCACCGACCUUCCUCAACUCGUCGCUCUCUUCCACAGCUUCGUCGGUUUGGCCGCCGUACUAACGUCCGGUGCUUUCUACGUCCACGACUUCGCUCAUCUCGAUCACGACAUGGUGCACAAGAUCGCUAUUUACUUGGGAACGCUGAUCGGCGGCGUCACGUUUACCGGCUCGCUUGUGGCGUACGGGAAGCUCCAGGGUUUGUUAGAAUCGCGCGCUCUCAAUCUCCCAUUGAAAAAUCCUCUUAAUAUCGCGAUGGCGUCCGGUUGUGUCGGCGCUCUGGGUCUUUACAUGACGGGUCAGGAUAUGACUACGGGUCUGGCGUGUCUCGGUACGACUACCGGUCUCUCGUUUUUACUCGGAGUGCAUUUGACUGCAUCGAUAGGAGGCGCGGAUAUGCCUGUUGUUAUCACAGUACUUAACAGUUACAGCGGAUGGGCUCUCUGUGCCGAAGGCUUUAUGCUUGGAAAUCAACUUCUCACGACCGUCGGCGCUCUUAUAGGCUCAUCAGGCGCAAUUUUGUCGUAUAUUAUGUGCAAGGCGAUGAACAGAUCUCUUCCGAAUGUAAUAUUUGGGGGAUACGGAACGUCGUCGACGGGUAGCGGCGCUCCGCAGAAGAUUACCGGCGUACACACGGAAGCGACGCUCGAUAACGUGGCCGACUGGGUGACUUCAGCCAAGAAGGUAAUGAUCGUACCAGGUUACGGUGCCGCUGUAGCGAAGGCUCAAUACGGAAUGGCAGAAAUGGCGAAAACGCUCACCGACAACGGAAUCACCGUACAAUUCGGUAUCCAUCCUGUAGCCGGUCGGAUGCCCGGCCAGUUGAAUGUGCUACUCGCUGAAGCCGGAGUUCCCUACAAUAUAGUCUACGAAAUGGACGAAGUCAAUGAUGGUUUCCCGGAUGUUGACGUCACACUUUGCGUCGGCGCCAACGACAUCGUCAAUUCGGCGGCUCUCGAAGAUCCAAACUCAGUGAUUGCUGGAAUGCCCGUCUUGGAGGUGUGGAACUCGAAGCAAGUGGUCGUAUUGAAGAGGACUCUGGGCGUUGGCUACGCAGACGUCGACAAUCCGGUCUUCUACAAGACAAACACGGCCAUGUUGCUAGGAGAUGCGAAGUCAAGCUGCGACGGACUCAGAAACAAAGUGGAUGAAUUCUUUGCAAAACAAUAGUUGUCACGUGACUCGGAGGAUGACAGGCAGACUUCAUAUGGAAAUCGGACGUCACGUAACUUGGUUUUGGAAUUUGUUAUUGCGGUGUGUGAGUGUCGGACGGCAUUAUUGUCAUCUAGUAUAUAUAUUGUUGUACUUUUAUGUAUUACAGUGAGUCAGAUAGGUUGGUUUGCUAUCGACUAUUGAAAUAAACUUAGUGUUUGUUAUACGUGAA